AUGAGUGUGCAGGUGCCUUUUAUUGAUUGGUGCCUGGAGGACGACGGGGGACGUCCGAUUGGUCGCUUCCCGGAGGUGACGGAUAUAAAAGCUGGUGACGCGGACUUCCUGCCAUCCAUCCUCGGCUCAUCCCAACUGGCCACACUGUUCGACACUAUUUUUUGUUAUUUGGUUUAUUUGCUUUUAAUUAGUCCCCACUGCAGCCUCUCUUCCAUCACUGCUGAAGUUUUGGCCUUCAGAGUCACCGUCAUGACUCCAGCUCUGCUCUUCAUCCUCAUCUUCGCAGUGCCAGGAGUCACUUUGAGUGCACCAGUUGACGAUAAUGAAAAUGAUGAGUCAGUGGGUGAUUCUGAAAUCGUUCCAAGACCCAAAGCUGACUUGAACACAGCUGUGCUGCAGGGUGACAUCGCAGUGCCAAACACUUUGAGCAGGAAUGCAGAUGAAUGCACCAGCAGAGGCUGCAAGUGGCCAAAGUCAGGACGCUACGUUUACGUGCCGUACUACAUCUCUGAAGCUUUCUCUCAGGAAGAGCGAGACAUCAUCAUCACAGGACUGCAGGCCUUCAACCAAUCCACCUGCAUCCGCCUCGUCCCAUGGAAGCCUGGGGAUCGUGAUCACAUCUACAUCGAGUCUAAGGAUGGGUGCUGGUCCUAUGUGGGCCGUCAGAAUGGGGGACAGUACUUGUCCCUGAAGAAAACGGGCUGUGUGCACAAUGAAGUUGUGCAGCAUGAAAUUCUUCAUGCUCUGGGCUUCGACCAUGAGCAGGUCCGGUCCGACCGAGACAGCUACGUCAGGAUCCUCUUUGACAACAUUGAACCCAAUUAUAAAUUUGCUUUCGAAAAGAAGCAGACGAACAACUUGUGGACUCCUUAUGACUUCACCUCUGUCAUGGAGUACAGGAAUGAUGCCUUCUCCAAAAAUGGAAAACCAACCAUCGUUGCCAGGUGUGAUCCAAACCUUAAAUUUGGAAAUUCAAAGAAAAUGAGUGCCAAUGACAUCAUCCGCAUCAACAAACUUUAUGAAUGCACAGGACUUCCUGGGUUGAAGAGGUCGACCUCCAGGCCUAAACGUCCUAAACUCGAACAACUUCCCUUCUAGACAUAAACGACAUGCAGUCAGAGAAAUAUCACAUUUACCCUGGUUAUUAAAAUGUAGCUGACUCAAAAAGUAGCAGUUACAUAUUAGAGAUUUGUUUCUUUGGUCCGUCUCAUGCAGGUCCGGUUUGUUGGGUCAUUUUUGCAGCUUAAAUUAUCUGAAAUACUCAACCUCAUUUUCCCUCUUAUGUUUCAUAUUUGAUUCAGAAAAUCUGACUCAUUGUCAUUUUUAAUUUGUGGGGUAAAUAAUUAGGCCUCUGUUUUUAAUUUAAUACAGCAUUUAGGAAAAACAGCUCAGUUAACAGAGACAAAUAUCUGGAGCUAAAACACACAUUUUCUGUUGAAAGUAGAAUAUUUGAUGCCUUUCUAUAUAAUUAAUUUUAAAAACGCCAAAUGUUUGAUGUCACCAAAAGAAAAUUUACUGAAAGAAAAAAGUUCACUUUAUUUCUAUGUAAAAAAUAUGAACAAGUAAGUUAAAUUUAACCGAAUGUGUUAAGAUGAUGAGAGAAAACUAAAUGUCGUUUUAAUGGCUUUUAAUGCAUUUUCCACUUUUACAUUUCCUUUCUAUCAUUUAUUCUGUACAAAUGACUAUUAAAGCCAGAGCAUAUGCAUCA